UUUACCUUGAUUCGUAGGGAGCAGUUCUUCAGUUGCUAUAUUGCUUUACCAUCUACUUUCCUAUUGAUUGGAUAGAAAGACGAAAAGGAUCGAUGAGCAGCAAAUGAGAAGAAAUUGAGCUCGACAGUUCUUGCGAGUCGCAGGCGUCGCACGCUUGGUGUCCAACAAAACGAGUUGAGCGGCAACAGGACGUGGACGAUACAAGUUUUUGGACACGAGGACGAAACAACUUUUUGGACUUAGUUGUACGUGGUUGCUAACUUUUUCCCCUUCUGGAACUACAACGAAGCCGCCCGUUCUCAUUUUUUUCAGCAACCUUCCUCUACUCAACGACAAAAUGGCAUCUGCCGUGGGACGCAAACGCACUUACCAGGAGGAGUGCAAGUACAUUGAGCGGAAGAGCAAAGUGAAGUUCGAGAUCAAGGAGGGCUUCGCGCCGAAUAUGAAUGUGCCUGGCGUCCUCUACGUCAACAGUUCUCUGGAGAAACUGAUCUUCACAGAGCUCCUCGACUACACCAGACAGACCCAAACGCAAGGCGGCUUUUUACCUGCAGUGAAGCAAGUAGGCAAUGUGGCGUCAUUACCUGGGAUUGUGGGAAAUAGCAUAGGGUUGCCUGACGUCCACGCUGGCUAUGGGUUUGCAAUUGGAAACGUAGCAGCCUUUGACAUGGACGAUCCUGAGGCAGUGGUAUCGCCUGGAGGUGUUGGGUUUGAUAUCAACUGUGGAGUGAGACUUAUACGCACUAAUUUGACGGAGGAAGACGUGAACCCAGUCAAAGAAAGCUUGACGCAAGCGUUGUUUGAUCAUAUACCAGUGGGAGUCGGCAGUAUGGGAAUAAUACCGAUUAAGGAGAAAGAUUUAGAAGAUGCUUUGCAGCUUGGUAUUUUUUUUGCUGUAAUGUUACCUUCGACGCAAUCCAUGAAGAUGUAGUUGAUUGAGGUGUUCGUUACUCUCUUUGUAAAACAACAACAUCGGGACGUAAGUAGAUGAAUGCGCAGCAAUUCUCUCUUCAAGAUCAAGAUGAUACAGCAAAAGACGCCAUUCUUGUAGGUAUCGACUGGAGUCUACGCGAAGGCUAUGCAUGGCCUGAGGACAAGGAGCAUUGCGAGGAGUAUGGCCGGAUGCUCAACGCCGAUCCAGGGAAGGUCUCUGCGCGCGCAAAAAAGCGAGGGUUGCCUCAGUUGGGCACUUUAGGAGCCGGAAACCACUAUGCUGAGAUUCAAGUCGUCGAUGAAAUCUUCGAUGACUUCGCAGCCAAGAAAAUGGGCAUCAAUACAGUAGGCCAAGUCUGUAUCAUGAUCCACAGCGGAAGUAGAGGGCUUGGACAUCAGGUAGCGACGGAUGCAUUGGUGGAAAUGGAACGAGCUAUGGAAAGGGAUGGAAUCAAGACGAACGACAGGCAGUUGGCGUGUGCGAGUACAACAUAUUCUUUUUGAGUUUUGGUUUCUAUCAAAAUCAAAGACCGUGGUUGUUGAACUUAGCACUUCUAGACUGCUACAAAAUCUAAAUCAAAUGACCAAAAGUACAACACCAACACCAUCACUUGUUCCCCCUCCACACUGCAGGAAUAUCCUCCCCUGAGGGUCAGAACUAUUUAGCGGCUAUGAGUGCAGCAGCCAACUAUGCUUGGGUGAAUCGGAGUUCAAUGACGUUUUUAGCUAGGCAAGCGUUCGCGAAAAUCUUCAACCGAAGUCCGGAAGACCUCGAUAUGCAUCUCAUCUACGAUGUCAGCCACAACAUUGCGAAGAUGGAGGAGCAUGAGGUACUACCGAAGCUCACGUCUUGGUUGAGUGUUACUUCUUGAUGAUGUAUGAUGAAACGGCAGAGUAAAAAACUUUCCCUUGCUGCUCUCAAGUCAUGUCAUACAUGACUCAGGGCCGACGCCCCCCCUCCCCCCCCCUGUGGUCUUGUCUGUGGUGGCGCGUGCGCGCUUUUCCGCGCGGAUUUUUCGCGGAUUCUAGUGGUGAACAAAAGGGGGGAAGAAAAGCAAUCGCGUGAAGCUGUCGCAACGGCCUCCACUAUUGCGGCGCGGGACGCGCUGAGCUUCCGCGCCGAUGCGAGUCAGGCGCCGAAGCGAGACGCGCCGCCCUCGACUCGUCCAAAGAGGGGUCGUAGAAGAUCAUCGCCGCGCAGAAGCUUGCCGCGCGGGCGAAGAGAUCGCGCGCGGAGUGUCAGCAAAAGCCGACGAAGGCGAAGCCGAAGCCGCAGAAGGAGGAGUCGCAGCGAAAGCCGCAGGAGGCGGAGGCGCAGCAGGGGACGAGAAGAGCGAAGGGGAAGGCGCAGCAGGGGCCGCAGGUGUAGUUGCAGCAAAACGCGACGCAAGCCCAGCCCUAGUAAGGCGUGACGCAAGCCCGGCCCUAGCAAGGCUCGACGCAAGCCCCGCCCGGGCAAAGCUCGACGCAGGCCCGGCCUUAGCAAGGCGCGGCGUAGGCCCCAGCCGAGCAAGGCGCCGCGCCGUCGAAGCCGGAGCAAGGAGCCGCAAAAGGCGACCAACGGCAGCAGUGGCCGCAACAAGCGACGCGACCGCAGCCAGGGUCGCUCGCCUGUGCGCUAAUCAACAUCAAAAGCGAAAGGCGAGACCGCGCCACUGGGUGUCGUUGUUUUGCGAAAAGGCGGCGGAGAACGCGGCUACGGGUGUCGUGAGCGAGCGGUCUUUGAUGUGUUAGAUGUUUCGCUACCUUGGAAAACGACGAUCCGGCGUCGAUCACAUUUUCGCACUUACCUCUUUCUAAAAUUGUACAUGGGUGGCGCUCUUCUUUUUAAAUAAGUGUCUACCAUAAAUGAAGAUGUGCCCCUUGUCCCCUGAAUAGUUAAGCCAUCUUUUUUUAUGUGCAAUUUAAAGUAUGCUUUAUUGGUGUUUAAAUACGAGUGCGCGUAGUGCGCGCUCCCCGGGGGGCAACGCCGGGUAAACAAGGUUCCACCUGUUUAGUGUUUAUGAGGAGCGCCUUCCAGCGAGGGCGAGGCACUCCGGAAGCAAAAAGUUUCCAUCGAUCACUAGCAGGUAGCAAUCAGAGUCCACUCAAAACGAGUCGACAACUAAGAGGCCAAUAAAUGGCAAUGAGACGCGUCAAAGCACGCUAGGCCAAUAAAUGGCAAGAAGAGUUAAUCAAGGGACUCGCGUAAAGAAACCAACGCUCAGCCGAGGCAAUAAGCCGGCCACUCGGCCCACCGAGAUCCUAGUAAGACGCAACAACAUCGAGGGAGCAGCACCGACAUCUUUUCACUCGAGCUAACCACGCUCGUUGGCGAUUAGGGUCAGAGCCGGCGUUUGUUCACUCAGCUCCAAACCCGCACUAACCAUGUGUGGAGGAGGAGCAGCCUCGGCUAUCGAGGACAGAUCCGUCUAGAAGCUUUGAGCGCCACACACAUUGGGAAUUCUGGCGCACCUUGAAUUUUUGUUGGAUCCUCGUGGGGGUCACGCAAAAAUCCAGGAAUUUGCGUGACCCCCACGACAAUCCAACAAAAAACUGGGGUCAGCUUGACAUAGCUUGCCCGGGUCUCCAAUGAUGGAGUUAAGAAAUAGCCACAUCGUGCGCACAAAACGUGCUAGAUCAAAUGAGACGUUAAGGCGACCGAAAAAGAUCGGGUUUAUUUUCGAUCAUUCUCGAAGAGAUGCCCAAGUCAAGGCACAAAAGCGUGUCAGAUCAAAUGAAGCGUUAAGGCGACCGAAAAAGAUCGAGUAUAUGCCAAGUUAAGGCGCAAAAUCAAAUGAAGCGUUAAGGCGACCGAAAAAGAUCAGGCAAUUUUCGAUCAUUUUCGGAGAGAGUUCAAGUUGGGCAGAGUUCAAGUUAAGCGUUAAGGCGCGCACAAAAUUUGUGCCAGAUCAAAUGACCGAAAAUGACCGAAAAUAAAAGAUCGUGCAUAUUUUCGAUCAUUUUCGAAGAGACAUCAAGUUAAACGUUAAGGCGCGCACAAAACGUGCCAGAUCAAGCGUUCGAAAUUUAUCAGGUAGAAUUUCGACCAGGGACGACCGCGCGCACAAAUCGUGCCAAGAUCUACGGAAAGUUAAGGAUAAGACAGGUAAAAGACGCGGCUCAUCUCCAGUGCCCCAUCGAUUUUAAUCACUAUGGUGCAAUCAGUCACUCACUUCGUCCUACUUCCACAGGGAAACAGAAGGCAAAUCACGCCGCCCGUUACUGAGGGCCCUACUAUCAAUCAACGCCUCCCACCGUCAAAAAUGCCGCCAAAAGCAAAAGCUAAGGCCGUAGCAGGAGGAAAAGCGAAAGCGCCGGCUGUGGUCAAAGCCCAGCCGAAGCACAAGGCCGUGGCUGCAGGAGCAGCUGCGAAAGCCAAGGCAGCUCUGAUGAAAGCGGGCGCGCCUCCCAUCGGGCCACCUGGAGUAGGUGGCGCCGGAGGUGUCAUCGCAGGCCCCCCUGUGUACGCUGGGCCUCCCCCUAAAGCGGUUCCGAAAGGCAAUCAAGCCCACGCCGCGCCGCCCGCCCAGGACGGUGCAGCAGGAGCAAAUGUUGCGGGUGUACAGCAGGCCAAUGAGAACGGUCAGGGCGUCCAGUGGUCGCGCGACCAGUGGUCGUGGGGGUGGACUAUCGACCGCCCAGCCGGCAUCCCGGCGUACCCUCAGGACCACGAGCUGCGCCUAGUCGAGAAAGACACGUCGGACGCAGUUAUCCACCUGCUCGUGUUACAACGCUUUGCCAGCGCGCUGGCAUUGAAAGAGAUGCGAGGCAUCUGGGACCUCUACCUCUACACCGACAUGAAGGACGGAGAGGAGGAGCAAGUCCGUGGACUGUUGGAAAGUGCAAAGACAGUCGACCUCAAACCACUGAAGACCAAGAAGCUUCUCUCCGGCAUCACUACUGUGCACGGCCCAAAGUUCUUCGUGGAGAUCGACUUCGCCACAGUCGCGAAGGUGCGCAAGGUCGUAGGAACUCGUGUGACAAGCAUGCGGAUCGAAACAUCCAACAUCAUCACCGGCAAGGAGGCCGAUUACAUGCCAUUCGAACUCAAUCGGGCCUGGAUCCGCUUCGCAAUCGCUUGCGGCGUGUGCCAGCCGUUACGGUCAGAUGAGAUGAUCCGCGCCUGCGAAAAACUGGCCAAGGAAUUCACAGGUGUGCUCAUCCCGAAGGCGUUGCGCGAGUUCUUCAACGAUUUUCUUCUGGCAUCCACAGAUCAUUGCGCAGAGAAGUUCUUCCGUGACUUCGAAUCCAGAUUCGCAAGCCUAGUCUCCGUCGCGUCCGCAGUAGCAGGCAAGAGAGCCGGCAAAGGAGCCGGGAAAGGAGGCAAAGGCGACCAACGAGACGGAAAGAAAGGCUCCGGCAAAGGCAAAGGGCGUGGCCGUGACGGAUGGGGAGGUGGCAAAGGCCCCGGCAAGGACAACAAGGAGAAAGAUAAACAGAAUGAGUCGGAGGACACAGGCAACAACAAUAAUGGUGCCUAAAGUGCACGGCUGUGAAGACGACUGUCUUUGGUGAGCCCGGCCAAAGGCUCGAUGUUCAUACUCACACGACACCAGGUGGUGCCACCAGUAAAAGGCUAAAGUCGUCGCAUGUCAGAUAACCCCCACGAGGACACUGACCUCGAUCAUUUUAUGCGCCCCGGGCGUCAGUUGUGUUCGUCCACGACGGCGGCGGCCACUAAUCAGGCCGCGCCGCCAAAGCAUUGUUUCUGAUACCUUACAGAAUUUGAAAAUCUGUUUCCUAUCACAAUCAGACCUGUCCGCCGGCCCCCUCGAUUCCAAGCGGUCACUCCCAAUUAAGGCCAGGCUGUCAGCCGAGUUAGUAUUGGCUAUGACGAAGGGAGCGGUGCGCUCGUGAUGUCUGUAAUCAGUCGACGUAAGCUUUAAUUCCGGCCUCAGGCCUCGAAGCAGUAGUUGUCGUUUACUCGUUUUCCGCAUGUGAUCGCAGUAGCAAACUAAUAUCAACAAAGAUGGUAGAGUCAGGUGCCCCGAGCACAGUAGGCUUGCGGUCAAACGUAUCGCUGGCACCAACCGAUGCCGUGAGUCAGUCCAAGCACAAGAAGUGGGAGUGCUUCCUCGCCAGCUUCGACGUGCUCGAUCAAUUCGGGGGUGCCGUCGUCCCUCACGUAUUUCUGCUGUACGGGCUCUGGCUGCUUGACUCAGGCCUUGUGAGCAGCAAGCUGUACGUCAGCGCGGCGCAUACAUUUGAGAAGGCGAAGCUCGCGCUCUAUCGCCUUCAGGGGUGCACAAAUCAACGCAUGAACCUCGUCUAUCGGCGGCUCGACGAAGAGCUGACCCACGUUCGCAAAAAAGCGACCCCGCUUCGCAACCUAGUGGGGGUUCACUGCUUCGACAAGUAUUGGCAUUCAGUAGCAGCAGUUCUGGCCGGUACCGGUGUCAGGCCGAUUGCCGCCAGCCACUUCGCGCCGACAGUUGUGCCGUUGAAGACACGAAAAGAGGGGUGGCUCGUUGGGUACCGGCUACAGGUCAUCCACGACAAGAUCAAUAAAAUCGCCGCGCGGAGCGUGCAGUUGCUUUGCACGUGUGAACAUUGCGCGACAUGCGUGAUCCACUCGCUUGGGCUACCAGCGCUCCCGAUCAGUAGGGACCACAUCGAGACCGCAACGAGGUACUUCGGACUGGAGCUGCAGUCAUAUUCAACCAGGCGGGCACAUUGCAUUGCAGUCGCGCACUGUCAUGAGCGACGCUCCUCGUUGGCGGUGUUGCUCAAGGACGUGGGAUUUGUCGCCCGCAUCACCUCCCAGUUGAACUGGGUCCCAGACAGCAAGAUGUUCUUGGAGUAUGCCAAGGACUGGGAGGCGCACCAGUUUACAGAAAACGAGUUGUCCUUUUAUCGCGCCUACUACCAUUAUUACACUACGGGAGCCUUCCCAUUUUCAGGCCAAUAGGUCGGCGCGCACUCCUCGCCCGCUCUUCAUGCUCACUCACUGCCACUGAAACUUUAUAGCUGUGCAGCUACGUCAGUAAUCGGCCUACUUUUAACACAGCGGAACGCAGUGUUCAGCCCGAGAGAGAAGUCAAGAAACGUCGUUUCGGUUUCAAGAGCGCGAGAGAAACGCGUCACCAGGUGACUUCGGUAUGAGCGCGAAGAGCUGACCACUCAGGAUAGUGCUCGCUAUUGUGCGUUGUUCUGUAAGACGAGGUUAGAUCUGUCCAGAGGAGACAGAUUCAGACCGGCCUGGCCCAAUCUGUUUAGAGAGGUGCGUAGGUUUUUCAUGACUCUUAGUGACGUCUACUCGACAGUCCGUUCACAAUCUAGACAGCAGAGGCCGCCGCUUAGUCUUUUCCCUUCGGAACCCAGCUCUCACUGUCGUCCCGAGUCGCCCCCACACGACCAGGAUCGUUUGUUUCAGAAAGCUGCGCUUUUGAGCAGCCUAAAUUCUACUUGUUUCGGCCGCCGUUACGAGCGGACUCCAUUCUACUCGAUUAAAAUGAUGUCCCGACUCCUAAACACGGCGCUCCGCGCUCAAGCGGACAGCGCCGCAAGCGCGCCUCAAGGUAACCCCCUCUGGGAGCAAACGCUCCGCUCCACAGGCGAGCACGACGGGGGCCAGUUGUACCCCGAUCCCCUCCCGAAGGAGGAGCGCGAAUUCUUGAAGUGGUACCUCGACACGCCCGAGGGCGAUAUAGAGCAACUCCGACAAGAAGACGGAGCGCGCAUUCGGUCAGAAGCGCAGCAGGCCCGUCUGCGUUCGCGCGAAACAUGGCAGGAGCGGAGCACAGCCACCAUCUCAGGUCACAUCAACGUCGAGUAUUUGCGCAUGUUGUGCGCGCGGCACAAGUAUCCCGACGCGGGCUUGAUAGACGAGAUAGCCAGUGGCUUCAAUCUGGUGGGGGAGACCCCAAUAACGGGCCUGCUCAGCCAGAACCCUACUGCCAGUCAUCUCCAAGGCGCAGCUGAUGUUGACGAGGCGCGCUCGCCACAUAUCCGGGUCAACGAGAGGCCAACGGGGCGGCCCAAGUACCUUGUUCGAGCCGCGUGGAGCAACGCGCAGGCCGAAGUUGCCAAAGGGUGGCUCGAGGAAGUCUCAGUGAAGGACCUAAGGGCCCGGCAAGUGCAGGAGAAGGUCUAUGUCAAUUACAGCUUCGCGAUCGAUCAGUCGACCGAAGACAAAGAGAAGCUGCGCACGGUGGUGCAUUUUAAGGAGGUAAACCAAGACAGCUACCUGACCGAAAAGAUUCGGCUGCCAUCACACAAGAAGUACAUCGCCUGGAUGAGUACACUCAUCUCAGACGGUGGAGACUGUUCGGCGCUUUUCGCCUCGAAGCAGGACAUCUUCAACGCCCUCGAGGAGGCGCGCAAAGCACGCAGUAGUGCAGCACAGGGUGGAAAGACGAGCGACAGAUCUCAGCCUGGGCCGGGCCCGACUUCGCAGAGCUUCGCCCAAGUUUACGCCGCCAUCUGUGGCGACGGCGAUGACAGCGACGGGUCGCACGGCCAGCAGCCGAGGAGGCGCAGCUCCCGUCACGCCAGAAAGGUCAACGGAGUCACAAUCAUUGCGCGCGAUUUUCGUGACGCGUACAAGCAGUUGGCAGCUUGCAACCCUUGGCACUCCGUAGUGGGGGUUUUCGACCCCGACGCGGACGACGGCGCCGGCAGGUGGCGCUACUUCUUAGCGAAAUACAUGGCACUUGGUUCCCUAUGGGCAAUUAUGUCUUGGGUGCGUGUGUCGUUGAUGCUUCAGUGGUUGUUGCUUCGCGAGGCUCACACCUACGUGAACAUUUACAUUGACGAUCUCGCUGGAUGCGAGAAAGACGCGUUAGCCGAUCAGGCCGCAGCGCUAAUCGACAGCUUUAUCGAGGCCACGGGCUUCAGGCAGAGCCCAGAGAAGGCCGAAGCCGGAAAGGCUGUGCGGCUCCUCGGUGUAGACUACGUAGUGGCAGGCCAUAUGUUGUCUACAGACCUGCGCUCGGAAAAGAGAGUGAAGAUUCAGCGCGACAUCGACCGCGCGAUCGGAGCGGCAAAGGCCGGCGUGGUGCCAGUUAAACUUGUGCAAGCCAUCGCUGGGAAGUGCAACUUCGCUCUUACGGCCACAAAAUUUAGUGGCAUCACCUCCGCACUCACUCCUCUUUACGACUCCUUGAAGAACGUUGUCGCCGACCCCACCAAGGCGAUCGAUACGAUCGGCAACCCGGGCGACCUGAUAGGCCCUCUGUGCCACUUGCGCGAGGUUAUCAUCGCCGCUCCGCCUUUCGUCUUGGACUGCAGCUCCAUUGGAGACUCGCCAGCCACCCUGUGGACCGACGCCUCCGAGUCCAAUUCGGAAAGUCGUCUGUCCUUCGUCUGCCAUGUUGGCAACCGACUGAUAUGCGGCUCCACGGAGGUCCCAGAUAACGUGUUGCAGAAGCUCCGCGCCAGGCGGGAUAAGGUCAUCAAUGUUCUCGAGCUCAUGGCCGUUCUGUGGUCAUUGCAGGUGCUGCAGCAGCAGCUACGAGGACAGCGCGUUCGCGCGUUCGUCGAUAACUCGGCCGCAAUCUUCAGCGCGUGGAAGGGCACCUCGCGCGACCUGCUUUUGAGGGUCUUCGCGCAGAAGAUCCACAUGCAGCUUCUAGCGGCAGGCACGAUGUGGACGCUGCACUACGUGCCCUCGGAGUUGAACCCCGCCGACGGUGGCACGAGAAGAGCGCUCUUCGAAUCGUUCUGCCACACCGUCGCGCGCAUCAAGCAGCAACUCCCCGACUUAGUCGUGAGAGUCCACCAGGGUGGAAUAACGUUUGGUGUCAGCGAGGCAGUUGCGCAGAUCUGCGACCUCGCGCCCACGCCUCUGAAAGACGACGAAGAGGCCACUAAAGUGUCCACAAAACGGAGAAGACCCAUGUAGACUAGCUUCAUGGGGCUAGCAUUAGCGUGAGGUCAGAACGUAGCGCAUAUGAUCUACUGAGUUCGCUAAUUAUUCCCUUAGCAAGAGAGGCGCAGCGUGUGGCCUAUUUAGGCGUGCAGCCCUCCUGCGCGCGGCGCGAAGACAACAUCUUCAGUUGUGGCAGCUGGCGCGACGCCCCUGCAUGUGCCCUGGGUCGAACGUUUGGCCCGGAGUGUCUUGCCAGCUUGGAGUAGCUUUGCUACAGGCCAAACACGCCACGUCCACAUGCGGGAGCCAAUACUGGCUCGCGGUGAUGGCGAGGUCGUGCCCGCGAGCUUGCGCGCGAACGUACGGCAACCUCCCGACCUGCGUCUGGGAGUGUCGUGGUGGCGUUCGGGAUCCUCCUUCGAUUAGUCCCUACCUGAGCCACGCUUGUCCGCCGCCGUAGGCGCCUGCCUCGCCUCGCUGCCACGUAGCGCGCUUAGUAUUUAAGUGCAAUUUAAAGUAUGCUUUAUUGGUGUUUAAAUACGAGUGCGCGUAGUGCGCGCUCCCCGGGGGGCAACGCCGGGUAAACAAGGUUCCACCUGUUUAGUGUUUAUGAGGAGCGCCUUCCAGCGAGGGCGAGGCACUCCGGAAGCAAAAAGUUUUCCCGCCCCCCCCACACCCAGGCGUUGUUAGCAUCCCUCGCGCUCAGCACGCGUCGACACGCCACGUCCACAUGCGGGAGCCAAUACUGGCUCGCGGUGAUGGCGAGGUCGUGCCCGCGAGCUUGCGCGCGAACGUACGGCAACCUCCCGACCUGCGUCUGGGAGUGUCGUGGUGGCGUUCGGGAUCCUCCUUCGAUUAGUCCCUACCUGAGCCACGCUUGUCCGCCGCCGUAGGCGCCUGCCUCGCCUCGCUGCCACGUAGCGCGCUUAGUAUUUAAAGGUGCGGGCACCUCUUAACUUAUCUGGAAACACAUAAGAAGUAUAGUAGUUCAUCAGUAAUCAAAAUUCUUCGGCCCCAAAUUCUUGGUGUCUCAUGUGUUGAAUUGGGCCCACGCUUGAUGAGUUAGGAAUAAGCACAUACUCAGAUAAAACUACUUAGAUAGAAACAACAGCCAGAAACAUCAGAAUUAGAGCUAGGAAGCAGAUAACAAGGUCGUCCUUAUGGCUGCGCGCGUGGUCUGGCGACACAGAUAGGAAGCACCCCCACAGGCGUCCUUAUGGCUACUCGCGUGGCAGUAUGUGCAUCAUCAUCCGAAUCUUGCUCCCUUUUUAACCGUAUCAGGUCGAAGGCAGCCUGAAAACGCUCCUAGUACAUCGAAAGGGCAGCACUCGCGCUUUCCCGCCAAACCAUCCCCUCAUACCUGUCGACUACCAAAUGACGGGCCAACCUGUGCUCAUUGGUGGUACUAUGGGCACGAACAGCUACGUCCUUGUUGGUACAGAGCAUGGAAUGCGAAAUACAUUCGGAUCCACUUGCCACGGAGCAGGCAGAGCACUUAGUCGCAACGUCUCUCGGAAUAAGCUAGACUAUGGCGACGUGCUUAAAAGACUCGAGGAUAAGGGGAUUUCAUUCCGUGUGGCGAGUCCUAAACUGAUCAUGGAAGAAGCCCCAGAGAGUUACAAGGAUGUCACAGAGGUCGUAAACACCUGCCACGAGGCCGGUUUGAGCAAAAAAGUGAUCAAGCUUAGACCUAUAGCGGUGGUCAAGGGUUGAUGGUACUGAUGUCAACGCUUCCACACUAUGACAAGUACUUAUGUUCAAAUUUACUAUGCCCUGUGUAUACUACCUCAUGUCUCUUCGAGACCAAGACCAGCAACACGAUCCUUUAUUUCCACUGUCCGAAUCCCGGACCUUUCGAUUUGCGCACAUAAGUAUUAAGGUGUUGAAGAUAACGAUAAGUAUGUCCUUUUCCUCAAUGGAAACGCGAUCGCGAACGAUGUUUUUC